AUGUCUGUUACAGCCUUGGUCUUACGUGCACUAGGCCUGUUUGGUUCAGGAACUGGAUUCAAAAUCCGACCUGCGGAAGCUACGGGUAGACAGGGGUCCACGGGUUGCACUGAAGACCGACUCAAGUGCGGGCCUCUCAAUCCAGAGCCUGGAAAACGGAACAUACUGGUUACUAGCGCCCUACCAUAUGUGAACAACCUGCCACACCUUGGAAAUAUCAUAGGGUGUGUUCUUUCAGGGGAUAUCUUUGCAAGAGACUGCAGAGGACGGGGUCUCAACACGCUCUACGUUGGCGGCACGGACGAGUACGGAACCACAACCGAAGCCAGAGCACUCGUGGAGAACUGUACACCACAAGAACUGUGCGACAAGUAUCACGCGAUCCAUGCCGAAAUAUACAAGUGGUUCGACAUCAGUUUCGACACCUUUGGCCGCACGACGACCAAGCUUCAGACGGAGAUUACGCAACACAUCUUCCUGAAGUUGAAAGAAAAUGGAUAUCUCAAGGAACGGACGACUACUCAGCUCUACUGCGAAGAACACAGUUCGUUCCUUGCAGAUCGCUUCGUGGAAGGAGAAUGCCCAGCCUGCGGUUACGUAGAUGCUCGAGGCGAUCAGUGCGACCUUUGUGGGAAACUGCUCGAACCUCUCGAACUUAAGAAUCCGCGGUGUAAAGUGGAUGGUUCUACGCCGGUCACCAGGGAUACGAAACACAUUUUCUUGGAAUUGGACAAGCUGCAACCCCAGAUCGAAGCAUUCUUUCAGGAGUCCUCAGAAAAAGGCGCUUGGUCAAACAACGGCAAAAACAUCACUUCCGCCUGGCUGAAGGAAGGGUUGCAACCACGGAGCAUAACAAGAGAUAUGAAGUGGGGAACCGAAGUUCCUCUGCCAGAGUAUCAUGACAAGGUCAUCUACUCAUGGUUCGAUGCCUGUAUCGGUUAUGUGUCUAUUACCGCUGGGUAUACCGACCAGUGGGAACAGUGGUGGCGGAAUCCUGAGCAUGUCCAGCUAUAUCAGUUCAUUGGGAAAGACAACGUUGUCUAUCAUUCCGUCAUCUUACCUGGUUCUCAGAUUGGUACGGCGGAGACUUGGACAAAAUUGCAUCAUCUAUCUACCACGGAUUACCUAACCUACGAGGGCGGCAAGUUCUCCAAAUCCCGUGGUAUCGGCGUUUUCGGCGAUUCUGCCAAAAAGACCGGGGUUUCGUCCGAUGUAUGGCGUUACUACUUACUCUCUCAUCGACCCGAGUCGGGCGACACCGAGUUUACCUGGGACUCUUUCAUCAGUUGCAACAAUAACUUACUUUUGAAGAAUUUCGGCAAUUUCGUCAACCGUGUUUUGAAGUUUGUCAACUCACAGCAUUGCAAUAAUAUCGUGCCAGACUGGACCAAGUAUCACGAAAACUCUUUUGACGCUUGGAAACAAGAGGUGAACAAUCUUCUCUUCCGAUACAUUGAAGAACUCGACGCUGUCAAGGUUCGUGCGGCCUCCUCCACGAUCCUCCACAUAUCGCAGAUGGGAAAUGCUUUUAUUCAAUUCCACAAGCUUGACAACAGUCUGGCUGCAAACAACCCUUCCAAAUGUGCCGCUGUCGUUGGCCACGCUAUCAAUCUGGUCCAUCUACUUGCCUCGCUCAUCGCACCCUACAUGCCUGGGACAGCGAGAUCCAUCAGUAAGCAGCUGCGCAUGGAACCACUUGCAAUCCCGGACGCCUGGAAUGCGGAUUCUGUGAAGCCCGGUCAUGAAAUUGGCAAGGCUGAAUAUCUCUUCACCCGCAUCAAGCCAGAGAAAGCGGAAGAAUGGAGAAGGCUAUUCGGUAGUGAAGAGGCAAGGAAACUUCGAGAGGAAGAAAUUGCCAUGAAGGCGAAGAAAAGCGCGGUUUCACGAGACAUUUGAACGUAUUUGAAAAUUGAUUCCUCCGGAUAGGAGCUCGACCUUGGCCUUAUUAAUGGGCCUCGGUGGGAUAGGACUUAGGCACGAAUUUCAUGACUUUGCAUCUGUGCACAUUGAUUCCGACCCUCGAUCGCUGCUUUGGUUUCGCUACGUUUCCUGUUGUCGUCCUCGUUAGUAUUACGGUGUUUCCCUUUGUCUUAACCGACGUAACUAUUGAAC